CAGGGAGUUCUUUGCUCUGGAGAUCCUGGAUGGAUCCAUUCGUCUCUCUUAUGACCUUGGCUCAGGACCUGUGAGGCUGCAGACAUACAAGCAAGUGGCAGACGGAUAUUUUCACAGUGUCACUGCCCGGAGGAUUGGCAAUAUGGGGUCUGUGAAUGUGGAUAACUGCACUGAUGUCGAGAACAGGGGGUUCUGUUUUUCACAGAGUGACGGCAGCAGCUUAGAGAGGACUCUAGAUGUUGGCAGUAACAUGACUUGUGGUGGACUGAGGACUGUUGAAACUAUGUUACUGCAUCCUGCCCAGAUAAAAACCCACGACUUUGUUGGGUGUAUUCGUAACAUUCAUGUGAACGGCAUCCUGCUAAGACCUCCAGUGGCCCUUGCAACAUAUAACAUUCUUGAUAGGUGUCCUCGAACAACACCAUCGCCAUGUCACAGCAACCCAUGUAGGAAUGGUGGCGUCUGCCAUGACCUGUGGUCUGACUUUCUUUGUGAGUGCAAAAGCCCUUUCACUGGAAGCAUGUGUGCCACAGAAAUGUCAGAGGCGCUUGUAUUGCACUUUAAUGGGAAUGAGUACAUUGAGUACGUUGUCAAGGAGCGGUUCAAGAGAGACCACAUGAUCAAAGAUUUACUGGAUGAUAAAAACGAUGGACAUACCAAGGAAGACAUUACUAUCAAGUUCAAGGCCCAGGAUGAUGGAGUGUUAAUAUCUGUUGCUGGACGGAAAGGAUACAGUGUGCUGAAGAUAAAAGACGGAAAGCCUGUGUAUGCUUCUAAAGACGCCCAGUCUGGGCACCUGUCAGAGUUCACAGUGGACUCAGCCGUGGAUGACGGAGUCUGGCAUGUCCUCUCCUUUUUCAGCGAUGGACCGAACAUUUUCCUGAUUCUGGACAGUUUUCCAGUCCUGAACAUCACUGAGGGAAGUAUGGAGCUCACUCCUGUUACUAUGGAGAAGAUCAUUCUUGGUGGAGCUGUGACAGGUGAUUCAACUCUUCAACAGUCAGGGUUCACUGGCUGUGUGCAGUAUUUCAAUGUGAGCGGUUACCCCCUGCCUGCCAGUGGACACAGCAUGAUGCUGGAUGUCUGGCCGAGCCCCUCUCUUCUUCAGCCAAACUGCAGCCCACCGAGUCUCUGCCUCCCCUCAUCCUGCCCUGAGGGAAACACAGCCAGAAAAGGCUGUCUGUCUGCAGACUGUCAGAAGCGGUGGAGAUGCAGACCAGCUGUGCAGAACAGGUCCUGCAUCUGCUUUCACAAUGUCUCUGACCAUGCCUGUGAUAUCUGCAUCUCUACAUCAGAGACCCGGGAGGGAUGCUCGGAGGCACAGAGCAGCGGGCCUUUGUGGGUCAUAGCUGUGAUUCUUCCUCUUAUCUCCAUCCUGGUUCUUAUAGGAAUGUUAGCUGCUCUUUACAAAACCAGGACGCGAAAUGCAACGUGUCAGAAUAAAAAUGCAACACUAAAGACAGAGCAAGGAACAGUCAACAGAGGGUUUUGCUUUAAUGACAGCAAAACUCUCCCGGAUGCUGUGUGUACAGAAAAAGUGAUGCACAACCCAACGGGUGCUGACCAGCAGGGGUUAUGUGUGGAGUUCUACUGUGAAGCUAGUCUUUCUAGUCUUCAGCCGGAGCCACAAAGUGAGCCAGAGUAUUAUGAGAUUGGUAGCAUCUCUAGUGCAAGUCAUUCAGAAACUGCCUCAUUGAAACUCAGCUUUCACAAACAUUUUGCCACUAGAAAGUGUGUGAAAGCUGAGCCUAAACAUUGGGGAGAUUUGAGGAUGCUGCUAGCAGGAUGUAAAACUGAACACUUAGGUAAAGAAACAGCAGAAAACACAGCUACAAAACAACCAAAUAUGGCUUUCCUCAACAAGCAGGUGUUGGUUGAGAUGGAUGCAGAGAAUUCCCAGGUUUUACCCCCUGCUUAUAACAAGUUUCCACCAUCAGAGCUCUGUGAACCAGUACAAUGCCUCACUUUGGAAGAAAUAAGCAAACUGAACAAUCCUCUGGAGCAGAGAAUUUCACAUCAAGUAUCUCUGAGAUCAAGCUCUGUGAUGGAGGUAUCAUCUGAAAGUGACACAGACAGCACAUUCACCAGCACAGAGUUUGACUUUGGACAGUUUUCUUUUUUCAGCAACAGGAAAUUUGAAAUUACACAUGAGCAGUCAUCUCUGACGGGGAACAGCUUCAGGAGACGAGGCAUCUUACCUCUAAAUUCAAAACAACUCGACUCUGCCCAUCAGCACAACCCUGAGAGCGGUCUCUACGCUAUGUUUGAACAAUGGGAGAAUAUUUUAAAUCUGCAGCUUCCUUUGAGCAGUUAUGCUCCGGUGUUUGAGGAUAUUGCAUGUCUACCCACUGAACCCAGUCACAGCUUUGAUUUGCAAAGUGACAUAGAGGAAAUUAUCUGAAUUUUAAUGAUCUCAUGGGCUCUUGAACCCAGGCUGAAUCUGUUCAUUUAUUCCUGGUAUAAUUAGUUGUCAUUGUUUGUCAAAAAUCAUUACCACCUGCUAUGAAAUCUAACCCACCCCCACUUCUGCUCCAUAGCGCCCCUGACUCCCCAGCUGUGACUGCAUUCAGCCUCUAUUUCUUCAGAAACCUGUGCAUCAUAUGAUAGAUAGAAACUAGAACUAUAUUGGAAAAAUGAUCUUGCACCAUAUUGGUGCAAUCAAUCCUCCAUAAUCCAGGAGAAAUUACAAUAAACAAUGUCACGUG